AUGUCAACACAAUUACCACGCUUACACUUCGAGACUGCUGGUGCCUCGCAGCUCCUUGGCCGCGCUCGAGCGAUAGACGUACCUAUCCAAGCUCAGACAAUCCCAAGCUUUUCCUCCACAGCACGUACAAGUAUCUCACGGCAGCAGCAAACCGCUGCAAUCCGAGACGAGUUGACAAGCCGAUCCUCUCCAUCUAUCUCCUUCCACCAUUGGGUGCCUCCACAAGUACCAGCCUCUGCGUCGACGGAUAGCCAGGUUCCAUUGAACCGUAAGCGAAAAUCCUCAUACCCUCAUCAUCAUCAAGUACCUCCACCUCGCUCGCUGGAUACGCCUGCAGGAGCAGACCCCAAUGAUGGGAAUGGAUCUAUUGGAGAGACCCAAGGAUCACCAAGAUCUCAACGCCGGCUAGAUUUGAGAGAUCAAUCUAGCUCGUAUGAAUCGGGCGAAGGAGAGUACCCAACGCCCGCUGAGCUCCACACCGGUGCACUGUUAGAUCGCAAAGAACUACAAGGCCGCGAGGAAAUCAAACAAGAGCAAGAACAAGAGCGCACUUCACAUCGAGACACUCAAGAUCAUCCAUUAACUACUUUCAAUAUCGAAAAGAUAUCUUCGCCGGGUGGCGCUGUCUAUUUGGAUAGACCUUAG